UCUAGGUUGUUCUGUUACCCAGUAAACAGCACCCUACCGACAAAAAAUCUCUUAAACGAUGCCGAAUGAUAACUGACACUGGUCAUAGACCCAUACAAGAUUACUUUGAAUAUAGCCAAAGGGAGCGUGAAAAGAUCAUUGUUUUGGAGUCCCUUUUUGACAUGCCGGGAGGUAAUUCUGACCUUUCGAAAGAACCGUUACAUUUAUCUAAGCGCCAGACGAGAACGCAUCUACAUAUAGUCACUCUUAGUGAUUAUGUGCGUCAAGGCAUUAUUCCAUGGGGACUCAGGCGGCAAAAAGAACCAUCAUUGGGACAGCGCACAGAUGAUUACUGUGAGCGCUGGUGUGCCAUCCUGAACAAAUGCUCUAUUGAUUUAAUGACAUUAAUUGUUGACCAGUUGAAGAAGGAUUUUAUUGAAAUGGGUAGCACGAUUAAAGACAAACGCACAGCUCUACAAACAGUUGUGAAUGAUGAUGGCAUAUUCAAUGAACUGAUGAAAACUAACCAAGCGCUUCAGGACAAGUUGUCUACAGAAAUAAAAUAACUUAAAAUCAAGAAAUUCAACCAAGACAAAAAAGACAAGGCCGAUGGUAAAGUCUACUUCUGGAGAAACCCUGACAAAAGAGGUCCUGCUCCUCCUCUCCAUGACAGACGCAGGAGGGAUGCCGCUUACUUCGAUCCACCCUUGUCUGAUCAACGCUCUACAACCAGCGCCUCAUCGGCUUCCAGUGGUAGUUUUUUAUUCAACGAGAGACUGGACGGACAGAAGGGCGGAGGAGGCCGCAGGCACGCGCAUCGACGAGAUGUCGCACCCGACGGGAAUGUACCGGGGCUGUUUAAUGCUUUUUGCAGCAGCGGCGAACGUCAUACGAUCAGAGCCCUUUGCGACAUACGGAUGUCCUAUGUUUUUGGAUAAGGUACAGAUGACAUGGAGAACUACAGUAAGGUGCGGACGGUGGAACAGCCCUGCCCCUGCCCAUUCCCUGGCCUCUCCAGCGACACCAAUGAGGUUAGAGUGAAGGAUGGCAGCAAGAUCCGCAACCUCAUGCGCUACGCCCUGAGCCGCAUGGAGGUCAAGCCCAGAGCGCUGGAAGGCGAGGGGGGGCAGCCUAAGAGCGAAGAAGGGGGUAGCACCACCGAGGUCCAGGAAGCACCAUGCUCCCAGGCACUGGAAAAGAUGCCUAGCCGGCAGAUAGUAUUCACUGGGAUGGGGAAGGGGGUCUCCAAGGCCAUCACGUGUGUGGAGAUCCUGAAGCGCCGUGUGAAAGGCUUGCACCAGCAGACCAGGCUACUCUUCAGCACUGUCCUGGAGGUGUGGGAACCCCUGGAGCCUGCGGCAGGCCUAGACAGCCUCACCGUCAGUAGGAACAUACCUGCUAUCUGGGUACUGCUCUCCAGAGACCCCCUGGAUGCCAGCCUGCCUGGAUACCAGGCUCCAGGGAACUUUGAUGCCCUGUGGGCACAGGCUGCCAAGGAGGAUGCAGGGGUGGCUGGUGGACAGAGACAUGGGGGCAGGAGGAAGAGGGGAGGUGGUGGUGGCAGGGGUAAGGGACCAGGAGGCCCUGUCAGACAGACUGAUCGAUCCAGAGAGCCAGGAAAAGGCCAGAGUCGUGGUAAGGGGGCGCUGGCAGGGCAGGAAUGAGAUGUUCUGUGUGUGGAAGAGGCCUUUGGACCAACCUGUUAUAAUCACAAGACAGUCCCCCAUCGGCCGAUGAGUGCACAAAAUAUCAACCUUUCCAACUUUUCCGUUAUUGUGUUAUGACUCACUUUCUGGGAGAGAGGAUGUGAGCGAGUGCCUAAGUUCAUAGGUCAAGCCUGAGAAUUUUCAGACUUUUUUUUUGUGCUCUUAUAUUUAAGUUCAAUAUUUUGUCUCAUUUAUAAGUAAAUAAAGUGUAGCCUGUACAUGA